AUGGCAGCCGACGCAGUCAUGCCGCUCGAGAAAGCGCGGCACAUCAAGUACUGGCAACGCUGCCACAAGACCUUCCUCCCGCAUCAGUACACGUCGUCCGACAGCACGCGCAUAGCUCUCAGCUUCUUCAUCCUCGCCGCCCUCGACAUACUCUCCCCCUCCGAGCCGACCAAGGAUACCCCCCAUCUUCUCACACCCGCCGAUCGAGCUGCCGCGCGCAAGUUCGUGCUGGGUCUCUACCACCCCGGCGGCGGCUUCUGUGGCUCUCCGAACCAUGCUCUGCCGAGCGACUUAUACGCCGACUGGGAUUUUGGAAAGGGAACGCCCAAGACGAGGAACGCGAGCUCGGCGAAUCUGGCCUCGACAUACUUUGCGCUUUUGAUAUUGGCCAUCGUCGCGGACGGGCCAGAGGAAGCCAAGACCGCCUUUGCGGGCGUGGAUCGCGUUGCGACGUUGCGAUGGUUGAGGCGGCUGCAGAGGGCCGAUGGCAGCUUUGGCGAGCUUGUGCUGGACGAUGGGGCCAUUGCAGGCGGGAGAGACAUGCGGCUAUGCUUUCUGGCCGCCACGAUACGGUGGGCUCUAAGGGGGGAUGCCAAGGAGGAUGACGAGGACUGGGUGGAGGACAUUGACGUUGAUGGCCUCGUUCGGCACAUCCGCCAAGGACAGACCUAUGACGGUGGACUCGCUGAGAGCUCCCAUGCAAACGAGUCUCACGCUGGCUACGCGUGGUGCGCCGUCAGCGCGCUGGUCCUUCUUGAUCGACCCCCAGACCAGAGUGGAGCUCCGCAUGACAGCCAGAUACUUCAGCAAGGCGUCCCUGAUGCGUCUUUGUUGGUCAAGUUCCUGGUUUACCGCCAAUUCGAAUACCUCGAGAAAGAAGACGACUCGGACGACCCUGACCACGCCAACUUUGCGCUGCCUGUGUCAUUGAGUGAGCUGACAUUAGAUCCAAACCUGCGCUUCAUGCUUGGUCACACCGAUCUCAUUGACGCCGAGCCGUCACGACGCUUCAUCACCCGCAAAACACAACAUCUCAUCGGUGGAUUCUCCAAGUAUCCUGGAGGUCCGCCGGACAUUUAUCACGGCUUCCUUGGCCUAGCUGCCCUUGCCAUCAUGGGCGAUGCAGAUCUAAAGCCAUUCGAUGCGUCUAUAUGCGCAACAGACGCGACUGUGCGCAAUAUCAUAUUUGCGAGGAAUGGGCUCAUUGAGGCCACCAAGAAGACCCAACCUUGA